AUGAGGGCAUUCAAAAAGGCCUACAGCACCUCAUUCAUUCCGGUGAAUGCUAGUGGUGCUGUUGACGCCACCAACGACUUGGUGGUUGGGGGCCACGACUAUUUCGGGGCCUGCACUCACUAUGGACAAGCGUGUGAGGAGAUCCUACAAAGAACAGGUCGCGAGAACCCGUGUAUGCUUUUGCUUUAUGCUCGCACCAUCUACUUGGCGGUGAUGUCUACAGAAACCAGUAACCCGCUCGUGGUGCGGCAAUCGGUGAUAUUGCUUGAACAAGCUAAGUGCUUGCUAUCUGUGGCUCAUCACAAGGCUAGAACCGAAAAGCUUGCUCAAUUUAGCUUGGUGUUGUUUGAUAAAGUCGAACAAUUACAACUGCAAUUGAAGCAAAUGGCCAUUCAACUUGAAAAUGUACAAUUGAGUGAAGCCGAAUUUGAGUACAUCAUCGCCGAAAAAGCGGUGCUUGUCGCUGACGGUUAA